AAGUGCUAACUUAUGUGGACCCAGUGCUAAUGCUACAAUCUUGUUCUUUACAACUUCCAUUGUAUUGAAGCGUUUACAUUUAUUAAUUUCUUUUGUAAAUUGCAAUAUAUCUCAAUAACGUACAGCAAUGUCUCUGGAGACUGUCCCAAAAGACCUUCGUCAUUUGAGAGCGUGUCUGCUGUGUUCUUUGGUCAAGACUAUUGAUCAGUUUGAGUACGAUGGAUGUGACAACUGUGAGUCAUAUCUACAGAUGAAGGGCAAUCGAGAGAUGGUUUAUGAAUGCACAAGCUCUUCCUUUGAUGGUGUUAUUGCAAUGAUGAGCCCAGAAGACAGUUGGGUGGCAAAAUGGCAAAGAAUUGGCAACUUCAAGCCAGGUGUCUAUGCGGUGACAGUUACAGGCCGGUUACCACCAGGUGUUGUGCGAGAGCUGAAGAGCAGAGGGGUCAUCUACCGCUCCAGAGACACUGCUGUGAAAACAUGAGGAUGAUUUACAUUACAGAUUAUGAAUUCGAUUUUUGUAAAGUAGUGUGUGUUGCUGCAUAUUGAACAUCCUGUUUUUUUUAUUCUUCCAUGCAUCUCAGUGUUUCACGUCUUAAAUAAUGUUGAAUAUUCAACCAUUGGUCGGGGGCUAGGGUUUGGGCUUGCAUUUGAUACAGAUUUUUUUGGUUAUUCUAUGUAAAGGAUUUAAAUGUGAAUAAAAGUGUUAGACACAGA